ACGUUUCGCGUACUAUUGCGUGCAAGGAACGGAUUCAGGUUAGGUUAAGUUACAUUUGCGGAGUAUUUUCGUGCGACUAGCAGGCUCUAGCAGCACGCAUGGGAACGGGAUGCGAUGUGUCAAAUUAACACGCGUUUACUAAUAUGUACCUUCGCAUUUGUUUAACGGCGCAUUGAUUUACGCGUCUCAUUUACGGCUGACCAUGGAUUACACCUACGAAAACAUUACAGUGCACGAUGGUCCUUCUGCAGACACAUGCAUUCCAUUCCCCAGAUAUAAUAGAACAAUAAUCACAGAUGUAUAUGCUGGAAUACCUGAGAACCUGUUGCUGAAUGCAAUAGGAUUUUUGCUUUUAGUUAUUUUAUUUGGUCUAUUACGUAAGAAAGCAUGGAAUUAUGGACGUCUCGCAUUGUUACACAAGUCUGAUAAUAGAUGGAUGGAGCUGUUCUAUGGUGUUAAUGAAAACAGAGACACUGAUCCCUUAUGUGUCGAAGCUUCUGUCAAUUCUCAACUCUCUCAGCUGGAUAGAGGAUUUCUCUCAUGGAUUGUUACCGCUUUUAAAAUUACCGACGAUGAAUUAUUGCAACGUGCAGGACCUGAUGGAUUGUUAUACAUUAUGUUCGAACGUUGCUUAAUCAUAUUGACCAUCAUGAUGCUUAUUGUAUCGCUGUGCAUAGCCCUACCAAUAAAUUUUCACGGAAGCAUGCAGCCAGGGGACAGCGCAACAUUUAGUCAUACAACAUUGUCAAAUCUGGAGCCCACAUCUUUUGGGCUUUGGGUGUAUACAGUACUGCUCUUAUCUUAUCUGCCAGUUGGUGGAUUUAUCAUGAGACGUCGUUUAAAACAGGUGCGAGAUACUAGGCCUACUGGAGAAUUUGUAGCGAGAACAUUAUUGAUUACAGACAUACCGAAACAACAAUGUACUGUUGAGAAUCUUACUGAAUAUUUUAAAGAAGCAUUCCCUGCCUUAACAGUAGAAGAUAUUACAUUGGCUCACGAUAUAAGACGUCUUUCAAAACUGGAUGAAGAAAGAGAUUGUGCGGAACAGGCGCGUUUAUAUUGCGAAAGUUAUGCUAAGAAGAGAGAACCUUUGAAAAUGUAUCCUUAUCCAUGUGGUCAAAUUCUUGGAUAUUGUUGUAACAAGCAAGUGGAUGCUCAAGAAUUCUACACCAAUGAGGAAAUACGCUUAACAGCACUAGUUGAGGAAGAAAAGAAUGUGGCACUUAGUAAAACUCUUGGAGUUGCUUUUGUAACUUUAGGAACACCCGGUGCUACUAAAACUAUGCGCAAACAGCUGAGGUCCUCGCCGAAUAUAAAAUGGAUCGUGGAUUAUGCACCAAUGCCAUCAGAUAUAUUUUGGGAAAAUUUAAGCAUCCCCAGGCCGUGUUGGUAUCUGAAUGCUGUAUUAAUAAAUUGCGCUUUGGGACUUAUAUUGUUUUUCCUUACUACACCAGCUAUCAUAGUGACAACUGUUAACAAAUUACCAAUUGGAGAAAUUAAGAUUCUUAGUCCAGUGCUUUCAUCUUUUCUGCCUACUGUAUUGUUAGUCAGUGUAGCUGCUCUAAUGCCUGCAUUAGUCGGGAGAAGCGAAUCACUCGUGAGACAUUGGACAAGAAGCAGCUUAAAUCGUGUUGUUAUGAGAAAAACAUUACUUCUGUUGCUAUUAAUGGUGCUUAUAUUACCUAGUUUAGGAUUAACCAGUGCUGCAGCAUUCCUAGAUUGGACUAUGUAUGAGCGAAAUAAUACGGCACAAUGGGAAUGUGUAUUCUUGCCAGAUCAGGGCGCACUUUUUGUAAAUUAUGUCAUAACUGCAGCCUUAUUUGGGAGUGGAUUAGAAUUGGUUAGAUUUCCGGAACUCGCGCUAUACACUUUCAGACUCUGUAUAGCUCGCAGUCGGGCCGAAAGAAUACAUGUCAGGAAAGCGGUACUGUGGGAAUUUCCAUUAGGAGCUCAUUAUGCGUGGUUAUUGUUAGUUUUCACUAUGACAACCGUCUACAGUCUGGCGUGUCCCUUAAUAACUCCUUUCGGUCUACUAUAUCUUGUAGUCAAGCAUCUGGUGGACAGGCAUAAUCUAUGCUUCGCAUAUGGACCGAGUAUUGGCGGUGGCCAAUUAGCUGGAGCAGCAGUUGGUGCUGCAGGAGCUGCACCAGUUUUAGCGCAAGCUGCUCUUUUAGCUUUAGGCUUGGUAAGAGUUGGUCUAUCUUCGUUAGCUGCAGUGCAACUCACUGGUCUCUGUGCGAGUAUUCUGGGCCUGGUAACCGGCGCUACAUUGCCGUUAUCGAAACUUAAGGCUUCAGUACCAAAAAGAGAUCUCUCGACGGGUCAAAAUUUCGUGGCACCAGUAUUGCGAAAGAAUCAGAUAUCCAUAGAAGAAACUAUUUCAAUUGCUUCAAAUUCAGAAAUAAAUUUACCAAGUCCGACAAGUACCAUUUCCUCUGUACAAGAAAGUCCAAAGCUUUACCAAAACUACGGGGGCGAACAGAGAGUUUAACAUUUAUGUG